AUGAUGUAUCCUCUUCCUGCUCCUCCUCCUCGUAGUGUCUCUGCCUCCCUCCUCCUCCUCUCAUGCUUCCUGACAACUUCCCUCUCAUUCCACUUCUCCCCCUCCCUCACUGCUAGACGUGCUCCCCCGCACGCCGUGUGUGCGAGGACGAGGUGGGGGCAUAUUGGGAGGUGGGCAGAGGAGGGGAGACAGAGGAAUGCUGCCCUAUCGGUCGGGUCGAGGGAAGCAGGAGUAGAGGAGGAGCGGUCGGAGGAGGAGGGGCUGCCGGAGGACUGGAGGACUGCAGUAGAUGGAGCUACAGGAAGGACGUACUUCUGGAAUGUCAAGACACGAGAGUCGACUUGGUACCGGCCGAGCAGCGAGAAGACGCUGCUGCGGGCAGCGAGGAGGCUGAAGGAGGGGGAUGGGAGCGUGGAGGGCGAGCAGAGGAGGAAGGCGGCGCAGAGGAGGGCUGCGCAACUGCAGCAGAAGCUCGCGGCGGCUGAGAGUCAGAAAGAGAUGAAGUACAUGACAAGAUCGCCGACCAAGUUUGUGCAGAAGAGGAUGCAGGGAGUGGCGGGGGAGGAGAGGCAGGGCGACGCUCCCCUCCCUCCUCCUCUCCUCAGCGCUGCCGAUCCGUUCUCCUCCUUCCUGAACCUCCUCGAGAGGAGGGAGCAGCCGCCUGUGGACUAUCAGCGGAUGAGCUAUGAGGAGUGGCUGGAGGAGGCGACGAUCUCCCGCCCAUCCUUCCGCCUUGAGGUUCCGAUGGGCUCGAGGCAG